CUCGUCUCCUCCCUCUCUCCCUCUCUCUCUCUCUCUCUCUCUCUCUCUCUCUCUCUCUCUCCUCCCCGUCGCGGCGGCGGCGGCGGCGACCGGCGAGGGCGACGCCACCGAUCGGGGGCCUCUCACCCGCUCCCCUCCCUCACUCACCGGGGCCUCGGUUUCGCCAGCUCGGAGGGAGUUCUUUCUCUCUCUCCGUAGACGUCUCCGUGGGUUCUUGCUUGUCUCUGAUUCUUCUUGUGGAUUGGCGGUGGAGGAGCGGGGAUCGAUCGAUCUACCCCUGGACUCGGAUUGACUCUCCUCUCUCGCUGAAUUUGAUUGGGGGUUUCUACCCAAAUAACAGCUUGUUUAUACCUUUUAUGUAUGGCUCUGCUCGAAGAGAACUUGGGGAUGGUUUCUUGAUUGGAAACACGAAUUCGAGCUUUAUUGCAAGAAAAUAGAUGUUCUUUUCAGUUAAUGAUUUAUGGUACGAAAUAUAUUUCCCCGACAGUUUGACUGUAAAACCCAUCAUGGAAAACAUCAUAACAAGUAGCAAUCAAGCCAUAAUAGCUGUGAAAGAUGUAUGUUCUGUGUGAAUUUAAUGCAGUGUCCGUUGAAUUCUAGCUUAAGAGGUUAUAGCUUGAGCUUGGACUGCUGAUAUAUGCAUAAUUUAGCAUUUCUGUCACAGAAUUCGCACUAGGAUGAAACUGUCACUGCAUCAAAGGUCCCGAGGGUAACGCAGUAAAGUUCCUUGAGAUAAAGAAAUUUACGUGGGUUGGCAAUGGAAUUCGUAUUUGUUUCAUUAUUGUUUUGGAGUAUAGCUUUCAGAGCUCCAUAGUGGAGCACUUUGCACACAAGUGCUUCUGGUGUAUAAAUAUAAUAACUGGGAAAGUAGGCCUUUGUUGGAUUGAAUCUUGUGAUGUUUGGGAUAUAAUAUCCACACUUCCCAUAUUGGCCAGUGCUUAUUUGUGCCUGGUAUGUACUUAUUGUAUCUGUAGAAGAAUGGGUUAUGUGUCUAUGAGGAGUAUUUGCUUGUGUUACAUACAAUCCAUUGCUUCAUCUAGGACCGUUUGAACAGUUCAAACGAACACAUUGUGGUUAAGGCCCAAGUAGUACAUGUAACUUUCUAGUUUUGCAUGCCUUAGAUGCAGGGAAUAACGCUUGCAACUCCAUAUCUUAUUAAUUUAUUAACUGAAAAACUGGUCAAGUUACAUUGUAGAUUGUUCUGAACCAUACUGAGAUAUUAUAAUUAUAAUAUAUAUAAUAGCACAUGGAUUAACUUGUUUUAUAUGAUAGUCUACUAUAUGUAAUGCCCGGAAAUGGUGGUUUAGUUCUUGAGAGUUGAGAUAUUUUAAACAAGCUGUAUUAGAAGAAAAUAUGUAGUCUCUCAGCAGCCAGCACCUAGUGAAAGAUACUGCUCAUGUUAAGCUACCUGCACAAUUUUACUGGUACCUUUUGUGAUGUCAGUUAUGCAUAUGCUAUGUUUUCUAGUUCACUGCACGAUUUCCUGUUCUUUCUUGCUUCAACAUAGGCUUGUUCAUUUUGUAGGGCUAUGAGAGACGGAAUUUUAGUUUUAAACGGCAGCUAUUUCAUAGCCUGGAGUAAGCUUUUUCAUUCAGGAUAGCAUGGGGGGCUGCUGUUGCUGUUCAUCAAGAGGAUCUGAGACAGAUAGAGCACCAGUUCAUAUCUAUCGUCAGCAAAAUCAAGAGGAGCAUGAACCAUUGUCUUCAGCCUAUGAUGGAUCAUCUCCAGCUUCUGCUAUAGUUGCUGUUGACACAAAUCUGGAUACAUCCACUCCUGAUACUUACCGAGCACCACCUGCACCAUUGCCUUAUGAUGUUAGUUUGCCAGUCCCAGAAAACCCUGAUUUGGAGAAGUCAGACCUGAAGAGCAAAACCGAUGACCAACAGGAGGAAUCUUUAGAGGUGGAUGAGUUCAAAUCAUGUGAAAAAUGUGUCGCUGAAGAUAAGCCUGAUGAGGAGGAUGUUUGCCCAAUCUGUCUUGAAGAAUAUGAUGCAGAAAAUCCUCGCUCUUUAACUAAAUGUGAGCAUCAUUUCCAUCUUUGUUGCAUACUUGAAUGGAUGGAGCGAAGUGAUACCUGCCCAGUUUGUGACCAGAUUACUUUGAUAGAUGAUAUGUAUGAAUAGCAUUGGAGCAUGGGACUAUUAUGUUUGGUUUGAUGCUAGUUUGUUUUAAUGAGGAAGUACAGUCAGCAAAGCUCCUGAUCUAUCAACCUGGUCAGACGGGGGUGCUAUUGGAAUGAAUUUUGAGAAAACUAAGGGAAAAUAAUUGAAGACGGGAAUGGCUUGAAAUUUGUUAAAUAUCAUCUCAGCUUUUUACAUUUUGUUUGAAGCAUUAACUGUUCAUGACAACAGGAGGAUUUGUUAGUAUCCAUAUCUACUGCUGGUUCGAUUGCUUCACAGUUGAUGAAACCCCCAGAUGAGCUAUCUGUUUCUUUGUAGUUUUGAACUUGGGAUGUCUUCCAUUUCAUUUCUGGUUGCGGUUAGCGUCUGUAUAAAUCAUGACACGUUAGAUAGGUGACAGGGAAAAAAAACUUUAUUCUAAUUUAUGUUCAACGAUCAAAGCUGUACAAGCUUCAUGUAUAUCCUUCGCCUUUUGAUUAGUCAGGGACUAUUAAGUCCCCUGUUGUGAAACAAGUUGGCUGAUUUAUGUAAAAUGGUAUACAUUUGCCUGCUUUAUAAUCUCGGCAUCUUUUUUGGGUUCA